GCCAAGAUGGCGGCUACCAAGAGGAAGCGGCGUGGGGGCCUGGCGGGCCAAGCGAAGAGGCCGAAAAGGAGCGAGAAAGAUGCCAGGCCUCCAGCUAAGCAGCGCGACGAGGCAGAGGAGGCGGAGGAAGAAGACAGAAACCGCAUCCCAGGCCCUGUCUGCAAGGGCAAGUGGAAAAAUAAGGAACGGAUUCUCAUCUUUUCUUCCAGAGGAAUAAAUUUCAGAACAAGACAUUUAAUGCAAGACUUAAGAAUGUUGAUGCCUCAUUCGAAAGCAGAUACUAAAAUGGAUCGUAAAGAUAAGUUAUUUGUGAUUAAUGAGGUUUGUGAAAUGAAAAAUUGCAAUAAAUGUAUCUAUUUUGAAGCUAAGAAGAAACAAGACCUCUAUAUGUGGCUUUCGAAUUCACCUCAUGGACCAUCUGCUAAAUUCCUAGUUCAAAAUAUUCAUACCCUAGCUGAACUGAAGAUGACUGGAAACUGUUUAAAAGGUUCUCGGCCCCUUUUGUCUUUUGACCCUGCUUUUGAUGAAUUACCACAUUAUGCUUUGUUAAAAGAACUCUUAAUUCAGAUCUUUAGCACACCACGGUAUCAUCCCAAAAGCCAACCAUUUGUGGACCAUGUGUUUACUUUCACUGUUUUGGAUAAUAGGAUAUGGUUUCGGAACUUUCAGAUCAUAGAGGAAGAUGCUGCUCUUGUAGAAAUAGGACCUCGUUUCGUCUUAAAUCUCAUAAAGAUUUUCCAGGGAAGUUUUGGAGGACCAACUUUAUAUGAAAAUCCUCACUACCAGUCACCAAACAUGCAUCGGCGUAUCAUAAGAUCUAUCACAGCUGCAAAAUACAAAGAGAAACAGCAAGUUAAAGAGGCACAGAAACUGAGAAAGAAAGAACCAAAGACUAUUCUUCCACAUGAUCCCACAGCAGAUGUUUUUGUUAUACCAGCUGAGGAAAAACCGAUAGAGAUUCAGUGGGUGAAACCAGAGCCAAAAGUUGAUUUGAAAGCAAGAAAGAAAAGGGUUUACAAAAGGCAAAGAAAAAUGAAACAGAAAGUGAGCAGUGGAAAUGCAAAAUGAAUCACUGGAUACCUAAUUUUAUAUUUAUUUUGUAUUCAAUGUGUAAAUACUUUUCAGGACUGUCUUACAUCUAAUUAGUGUGGCAUUUAAAAGAAAAUUAAAAUCUGUGGCUUCAGUAGUAUCUGUUUUUCUAAAUAAAAUAUCACCAGAACUCAUCAAUUCUGUUUUUCUGUUCAAAGCUUAUUUGGUAUUACUAAAAAUUUAGAGCACUUAAGGUUUAGGCCUGCCCUCUUGGAUUAAAAUUUUAGUUAAGCAAAGAUGAAAUUUAAACAGAUUUAUUGAGUCGUUACUUGUAAAACAAUGCAUUAGGCAGUUUGAGAGAAAGAGUUUUGGAUGGUGAAGUGGGAGGUGACAGGAAGGAAAGUAUCUUACUGGGGUUUGAGUCCCUGAGUCACCAAUUAAUGAGGCCUUGGACAAGCCAACCUCUGAUCCUCUGAUCUUGUUUUUUCACCUCAAAAAAGUACAAUAAAAAUGCUUACGUUUUGAGAA